CGGUUGGAUUCUCCUCCCCGCGGGAUUGGGCUGUCCUGCACCGCUCACGCGCUCGGCUGCGGUGGCUGCUUUGGCGGAGAAGGAGGAGUUUGGGGCGAAGAUGAAGGCAGCGGGCAGCAGCUGAGGCGAGGCGAGGGGCGACGGAUAGAGAAGCUCGCGGCCGGGGGUUUCUUCUCCAGCAAAGGGAAUGGCUUACGCCGGGGCUGCGGGCGACGAGGAGCCUUCGUCCGGCACCUCUAGCCGCCGAGAAGACGAGGGCUACGGCGGAGGCCAGGCGGCUGCGAUGCUGCGGGAAGCCCUCUCGCUAGAAGAGAUCCUCAAGCUCUACAACCAGCCCAUCAACGAGGAGCAGGCGUGGGCCGUUUGCUACCAGUGCUGCGGUUCCCUCCGCGCCGGGGGUCGCCGCGGAGAGAGCCUGAGCCGCCGGGUGGAGAGCCCUGCCGACAUCCGGAUCUGGAGGGAUGGGACCGUCACUUUGAAUGGAAGCGGCGCCGCUCGGAGCCCGCUCGGAGCAGGUAAAUCUGAACAUUCACAUUUUUCUGAAACAAAGGUUAUAGAAUCACUAGGAAUUAUUAUUUAUAAAGCACUGGAUUAUGGCUUGAAAGAGAAUGAAGAGCGAGAGCUAAGCCCUCCCUUGGAGCAACUGAUUGAUCAUAUGACUAAUACAGUGGACGUAGAUGCAACCAAAGAUGAAGGUUAUGAAGCUCUGGAUGAAGCUGCAGAUGAUGAACAUAAAGACAGUAUUGAAGUUAUACAGUCUUAUAGAGAUGUCAUGAAGCUUUGCGCUACCCAUCUGCCAACCCAAUCAGAUGCGCCAAAUCACUAUCAAGCAGUAUGUCGCGCACUAUUUGCUGAAACAAUGGAGUUGUACACAUUCUUGGCCAAAAUUAAAAGUGCUAGAGAGAAUUUAAAGAAAAUGCAGGAAAUGGACAAAGAAAGAAAUGAGGACUCUAGCACUGACCUUGAUGAAUUAAAAACUGCUGAUUGGGCACAGUUUUGGAUUCAAGUUAUGAGAGAUUUGCGAAAUGGUGUAAAACUGAAGAAAGUUCAAGAACGUCAGUACAACCCUCUUCCCAUAGAAUAUCAGCUCACUCCGUAUGAAAUGUUGAUGGAUGAUAUUCGAUCCAAGCGCUAUACUUUAAGAAAGGUUACGGUCAAUGGGGAUAUUCCUCCACGAUUAAAAAAGAGUGCCCAUGAAAUUAUCUUGGACUUUAUCCGGUCUCGACCUCCAUUAAAUCCUGCAUCUGCAAGAAAACUGAAGCCAACUCCACCGCGGCCACGUAGCCUCCAUGAAAGAAUUCUGGAAGAAAUAAAAUCUGAAAGAAAGCUAAGACCUGUUUCACCUGAUGAGAUCAGGCGUAGCAGGCUAGAUGUACCCACAUCAGCAGCCUCCCAAAACCUAUUAGAAAGCUGUAUAGCGAAUGGCAGCUUGGAAUCCAAAGCAAAGGUAAAUGGCCUAGGUACAACAACAAAAUUAACGGUGCAGCGGAAGAGACUUUUGAAAGCUCCCACUUUGGCUGAACUGGGUAGCUCAGAUUCAGAGGAGGAGUCUAUACCCAAAUCAGCCAGCAGUGGUAGUGUUUCUCCCUCCCAGAUGGAAGAUGUGUUUCUGGAGACCACAUCUGGAAAAAAGGUGCCUCCAAAAUUCUUGCCAAUAUCAUCUACACCACAGCCAGAAAGGAGACAACAACCUCAGAGACGACAUUCUAUUGAGAAGGAAACGCCAACCAACGUCCGGCAGUUCUUGCCUCCCACAAAACAGAGCUCCAGAUCCCUUGAGGAGUUUUGUUACCCGGUGGAAUGCCUGGCUCUCACAGUGGAAGAAGUAAUGCAUAUCCGUCAAGUGCUGGUAAAGGCAGAACUAGAGAAAUAUCAACAAUAUAAAGAUGUCUAUACUGCCCUAAAGAAGGGAAAGCUCUGUUUUUGUUGUCGCACAAGAAGAUUUUCUUUCUUCACUUGGUCCUACACUUGUCAGUUUUGUAAAAGGCCUGUAUGUUCACAAUGCUGUAAAAAAAUGCGCCUACCAUCAAAGCCAUAUUCCACCCUUCCAAUUUUUUCCCUGGGACCUUCUGCUUUACAAAAAGGAGAAAGCUUUAUGAGACCUGAUAAAACUCCCAUCAGCCAUCAUAGGUCACUAAAGGGCAUACCAAGGUUAUCCUCAAAGUCAAAGUCGGUAGAUAAGUCAAAUGAAGAACCAUUUUUUCCAAAAGAACUCAUGGAGGACUGGAGCACCAUGGAGGUGUGUGUGGACUGCAAGAAGUUCAUUUCAGAAAUAAUCAAUUCAAGCCGCCGCAGCCUCUCUCUGGCUAACAAACGAGCCAGAUUAAAAAGGAAAACACAGUCAUUCUACAUGUCAUCUCCAGGCACUUCAGAAUACUGUCCUUCUGAGAGGACUAUCAAUGAAAUCUGAGUCUUGUGCCUUUCUCUUUAUUUACUCUUCAUGAGAUCCUGAGAAACUCAUCAAAACCAGAGCAUCAUUUUUUCCCCUUUGUUCUACUUGAUCAUUUACAUUUUUAUUAGCUUAUUGGUUUCCCUGCUCCAUAUAAUGUAUAAAAAGAAACAGAAAUUGUCCUACCCAGCAGGCCAGCGAAUAAGCUUGUUUUACUGGAGGAAAACAACUAUACUAGAUUGUUGUCUACUUGUAUAUGUUCAGUGUACAAAGGAAGUCUUUAUUUGUAUUUUUUGUAAUUUAUCCCUUAGUUAUUUUUAAGAUGAGUCUCUAUGUAUGUAUGUGUAUAUAUAUAUGUAGAUAGAUCUAAAGAAAAACUAGAUUAUGGUGUUAGUACAUUUGUAAACCAUAUUGGCAUUUGCUACCAAUUAAAUAGUAAUCAUAUUUUGUUAAUUUGAUGUACGUAGUCCCCUAUUGUACAGAACUUGAUAUCUUAUAGCACAAGAUUAAGAACGAUUUGCUAAUAUGCUGGAAAUGGUGAAUCAAUCCAUACCAUCUCAGUCUUAGUAUACAAUACUGAAUAAGCUGGAAGCCUGAAUGGGUAAUUAUUUUCCUGCAGCUUCUGCUAUACUAUAAUAAAAUUAGUGUGUUCAAAAUAAUAUUUUUCUCCUAUUUGGAAUGUACUCUGAAUAUUAGUGGUAGUGUUACCUGUAGCUUUUAUAAAUAAACAAAACAAAACCCUUUAUAGAGGCAGAAUGCAAUAUAAGUUUAGUUUUUAAUAUGAAUGAAUUUUUGUAAAUUAGGGUUCUCUGGGUAACAAUCCUGAGAAAGUUAAGAUAAAUAUGCAUAUUUGUUUUAUAGAGCAAUACGUAAGUACUGCUGUAAUUAAGAAUAUGGAAGCAUGUCUAUUAUUAACCCCAUUUUUACAGGGGUAAAUAUCUUGGCUGUAAAGAUUUUUUCCUGGGAAAAUUUGGGACACUGUGUCUCAGAUUAAGAAGUGUUUUUGUUUCCUUGCUUUCAGAAGGUUGGAGAAACACUAAAUGUUUUCAAGUUAAAAUACUACUGAACAUCACAUUUUUGCACUGUUUUAUAGUCAGAUUUUUUUAAACAAAACUGGCACUUAGUAUGGAAUUGGGUUAUUUUUAUAUAUAUAGCAGCCCGUUUAAACUGCUUGGAGAUCAUCUGUGGAAUUACUCUGCUAUAUUUAAUGACCUAGCUUAUGUUUAGAAUCAAAAUACAAUAUAUGAUAGGGAAAAGUUACAUUUUUAUAUUGUAAAGGGAAUGAGUGACACCUAAGUUCACUUCCAAAACAGGCAAAAUUUUCUUAUAUCAAUUACCAACCAUAUAUUUAUUUAUGAAACAUACUGUCAAAAUUUAUUCUGUCUUCUUAAUCCUUGAGCAUUAAUAUUUUGAUUUGAUUAUUCCUUGAAUACCCCAAACAGUUUACUGUUACAUUAUCUAAGUGAAAUUAUGAACGCUAAAUUUAAUAUCCAAGGAUGAAGAAUUCAUCUAUUUUGGGGAUGAAUAUUGGUCUCCCAUAGAAACCAUCACAACAAAUUGUAGAUGACAAACAUCUUGUGAUGAACUAACUAUAUAAAAUGUAACAAUAAAAAUAAGUCAGCAAUCUUUCCAGGAAAGAGGCAUGAUUAUGCAAUAUCCCAAAUAAAUAUUAAAUAUAUUAGGCAAAAUUUUCAGAAAUGAAAAGCUAAAAUCUCAUGCAUAAUAAAAGAAAUCUUGAAAAAUUUGAUGAUCCUACAAGAUCAUAUAUAUUUGAAAUUUAUUGAAAACUAUGUUAGAGUUGUGACAACAUGAAUGAUUACUGACAAGCUCUAAGGUAAUUAGUAAUUGUUUCUGUUAAUCAGCAAAUAAUUUAUCUUAGGUUCUUUACUCUCCUUAACUUAAAAUCUACACACAAAUAUAUCAAGAAAGCAAAGUAUUGUUCUAUCAUCAAACUGGUAGUCCUUAUUACCCUAAGUUACCAGAAUCUUUCCGUAUUCUUCCAGUGCAGCUGAUCUUCUAGCUGAAUCACUUAGUUCUCAUUACAAAAUAAAAAUAGGUUCUUUUUUUCUACAGAAACCAUCUUUUGAAAUGUAGGCUAGAAUACUUUAAUAAAAUACUACAGGAUUUUAUUAAAUCUUCUUUAUCAGCAAAUAUUUUCCAUGGUUUUUUUUAAAAAAAAUGUGUUUUAUGUCAGGCCAAGGAGAACACAAAAAUUAAGUAUUAUAUAAAUAUAUCAAUUUAUUUCUAGCAAAGUACUUACAAAAUUCUGAUAUGUGAGAUUAACCUGAAAUUUUUAGGACAAUAAUUGGAUAGUUGCCUACAUAUAUUUGAUGUACUAAUGAAAUGAAUGAAUUAAAGAUUUUGUAUUGGGCUGCACAGGAUAAAUAUAGGUAAUCCUCAACUUUACUACCACAAUUGGGAUUGGAGUUUCCAUUGCUAAGCAAGUUAAACGAGAUGCUCAAUUUUACAAUCUUUUUUGCCACAGUUCUUAAAUGAACCACUACAGUUAAGGGAAUCAUGCAGCUGUUAAGCAAAUCCAGUCCCCCCCCCCCCUUGACUUUGCUUGUUGGAAGUGAGCAGGGCAGGUCACAAAUGGUGAUCAUGUGAUCCCAGGACAUUGUAACCAUCAUUAAAAUACAUGCUGGCUGCCAAGUAUCUGGAUUUUAUUUUGAUCAUAUGACCAUGGGAUGCUGUGGCAAUCAAAAGUGUAAAUCACUUUUUCAGUGCCUUUGAAUAGCCCUACAAAGAAUGGUUAUAAGUUGAGGUCUAUCUGUAUUCAGCAGUCAUAUAGACAAUGUUUUACCAAUUUGUACUAAAAAAAUUGUUUACUCCAAAAUUCCAUACUUCCAGCUGAAAAAUGAAUAGACAGUUGCAAUAUUUUCCAUUUUUCUGAUCCAUGACCACCCUUGUCAUAAUUACAUUAUGCUUACAUUCACAAUAUAAAUGUCAGAACUGGUUUAAAUAGCUUAUUUCUAUGAAGGCAAAGCCUACUGAAGAAGAAAUUGUAUAAAUUAAAAUCUAUUACUUCCCUUUUCCAUUUUUCUUUAGAGCUGGGCUUAAAUGUAUUUAUAAAUUAUCCCCCAGUGAUUGCUUAUCAACAUAUGCUAUGUAAUUCAAAAUCAGCUCCAGUGUAAGGUCCCAUAAAUUAAAAAACAAAUCCAUUCGUAGGAACAGUGACUGACAUUUUAUUAAACUAAGGCUCUCUUCUCUACCUCAAAUUGUUUUGUAAUUUAAAUCCAAAUUAAUCCUUUGCCAAAGCACAGACUCUUCCAGCAGUUUGGCUGCUUUGAAGAUUUCACAGUGCGUCUCUGCAUAAGAAAAAGUUUUCAAAAUAUUUGUCCUGAGCCUUACAGAGAACAUGGCAGUAUCAACGCAGAAGGGUAUUUAGCUUGUACUGGUCGACUUUGUGAAGUGAUUGUUUUUUUAAUGCUUUGCACAAAUGUUGUGUGCCUAAUUGGUUUGAGAAUAUAACAAAGCUGUUCCACAAGCCAUGACUGCAUGCUUUCAAAAGAAAAGUAUACCCCAGGAGGGAAAAAUCAAAUAGAUGACUUGGAUUACUGUAGUAAUUCUGAAAGCACCUCUGAUCAUCAUGUGAUAUGUGUCAAAGUUAAAUGAACUUGUAAAAACCAUUUGCAAGUUACAUAUUUCUGUUAUUUGCAUUCCUAUGGUUUAUAUGAUUUCCCUUUCCUGUUUCCAAGAUCAAUUCUUGCCAAAAGUGAAAUUUAAAAAAAAGACCAUCACUAAACUUAGAUCUGGCAACCACCACUUUCCAACCAAUAAGAGAAUUAGAUGAACUCUUGGGUGGGUCAGAAUCCUAUUCUAUCACUCACUAGGAAGGGACGUCAAGCAAAUGUCUUUCUGCAGUUCCAUGCUAUUCACAAGCAAAACAUCUGACCUUGUAUCACAAUGCUGUGAUCUGCACUAAGCUUCAAAGUCCAUUGGCAUGUAUAGAAUUGUAUACUUUUUAAAUGCAUGAAGAUAUGAGAAAUACAAAUUAAAAUACAAAGUCACUUUAACUAUGGAUUGGAUACAGAAGUCCUUGAUUUGGCUGAAUCCAUAGGGAAAAGCCACACAUACACAGCAUAAUUCUUUUUGCCAAUGUCCAUUUCUCAAAAUCUGAUCUGAAAGACUGGGGAAAUCCUAAACCUUUAAUGUGAUGACACAGAGAGCUGCUAUAGAAAUUAAGUACUCAGCUUUCCACCAGCAAGAACCCUUUGCUGGAAGCUGCUGCUGGGUGUCAAGAACAAUAAUUCUUUGCUUGUGCAGAGAUAUUCAAAUUAAGAUCAUAACAUUCACAUUUUAGAUUUUGUUCCUGACUGAAGACUUUUUUUUUGCUCUCCAGAAAUAAAGAUAUUGCAAAAAUCUUUGUAGACAUGUAUUUGUAGGGAAAUUAUUGUCCUUUUUUUCUUCAUUGACUUUCUUCUACAUUUAAAUCUUGCUUUCUGAGAGGGCUGUGCUCACUCAGAAAAUCAUCCAGGCCAAAGGAUUAUUGCAGAAAGCUGAGUUUACUAGAGCUGGAUUUAGAAUACUGACUAAAGCAGUGUUUCUCAACCUUGGCAACUUGAAGAUGUCUGGACUUCAACUCCCAGAAUUCCCCAAGGUUGCCAAGGUUGAGAAACACUUGACUAAAGCUAUUGUAUGUUACAGUGAUAUUUUUAAAUUGAUAAGACUUCAUUCCUUGAUUAUACUCAGAAAGUAUUUAUUGCUGCAGUGAUGACUUUAUCUUGCAUUAUA